UGUUCUGUUCUUUUUUCAUAAUUUUUUAGCAUCAGUAAAGUUUGGUUUGUUCGGCCACACUAGCAAUCAUACCCCCUUGUCGAGUUGAAUAAUUUUAGGUAGAUACUUUCUUUUAAAUGAAACACUUUUAAUAUAUCGGAAUAGAAGCAAGACGGAUAAAAAUGUGGAGUCAAUUUUUAUUUUGUUGUUGGCUUUAUAUCAGUUUUGGAAGUUGUGUGCCAUUCAAGGGAUCUCCAGAUGAAAAAGGGGAGUUAUGUGAGAUCAGUGCAUCCGAUAAAUGUCCGUACCAGCCAUGUUGCGGUUACAUCAAGUUCUUCCCUUCUUCUGUUCAUCGUGUUCUUCAGUCGGUAACCGGUUGUGUGUGCAACAAAGACUGCCAAAGGAAACGUAUGCCAUGCAAACAUGGAAAAUGCGACACAAUUAAAGGAAAAUGCGUAUGUGAACAUUGCUGGAGAGGACCACAGUGUGAUAAGUUCGCAAACAAGGCUAAGCCAGUGGUUACAACUAAGAAGUUGCACGUUUUCAUUGAGCACACUCAUCCGAUAAAUAUACCUGUCGCCACUAUCACAGCAACAGACAAGGACAAAGAACUGUGCAAUAAGAACUCAGAUUGCCCAUGUGGUGACCUUGUGUAUAAAUUGGAUGGAACCUCGGAGGAAUUUGAGAUUGAUAGAGACAACGGAUCGUUAUCAUUGAAACAGCCCCCAACACUCAAAAAAUACGACUUGGUUGUGACUGUUGAAAAUGUUGGAGAUGAAUAUACUGACAACAAAGCGAUAUUGAAGGUGGAAGUUUUGGUGCGUGGUCUUUUGGAUGAAGAACUACCUGUUGUACAUCAUCGGUCAAGAAGAGCGAUUGCUACCGCCCAUCCUCUCUUGGUGGAAGCCUCUCCAUAUUUGGAAACAUCCUAUUACUUCAACAAAGGGGACGAAAUAUCAUUCAAGAUAAAAAUCACGUACAACGGAACCACUGGAAGUAACGUUGACUCAAUCUUAGUUAACGUGACCAGCAGAUGGCUAGUGUUAAGUAAUCCAGUUGCGCAUGAAUUUACUUCCGCUACUAUGGAUAAUCAAGUUGCAAACUACGCUAAAGACACAUUGACUGCCACUUCAUCAUUUUAUGGAAAUCUUACUGGAACCGUAAAAGAUGAUGUUGCGCCAUUAAGCAGUCUAUCUUUGGAUAUCACAGCCAACGCCACCUUUGAAUCAAAUGAUGUGAUAAUCACUUCAGUUCAAUCAACACCAAUUGUUUAUGCCGUUUUUCCAGAAGUGAAUGUGUCAAGGGAUCAUAGCAACAUUGUGGAUGUUUAUGGUAGCCUCGGUAUGAAAAUGAGUAUCAGUCUUCCUGUUCUUAACUACUCUCUCCUUGUUGAAUUGACUACAAAUGUCGAAAACUAUGUUUUCAUGGAAAUCAAAAAUGUUACAAUCGCUUUUAUUGGUUACAAUGGAAACGGAGAUGCCAUUGCACAUUCUUCCCAAGGAAAUGGUGAAACUGACCAAGUUGUGAUUAACUUCGGUUAUAUAACGAUUCCUGAAAUGUUACAUGCUUCUGAACGAAAUAUUGUUGUGUCUUUUGAUGUCAAAAUUAAUGAUCAUCCGUUGGUUGCAAACGGAAGUGCUCAUUGGUUUGGAGUUGGGCUUCAAGCUGGUCCCAGUGCAUUAUGGGUUGAACAACAAGGAAUCCAAGUGAAGAAAGUGGAACCAGCAUUGGAGUUGACUAUUACCAGAGAACUGUUAGGAAACUUUACCCGAUUGUACAUUGAUGAAAUGGUUACAAUAACAUAUAAUAUCUCUCACGCCAACACGUCAUUGACAACCGCAUACAAUCUCAACAUGACGCUUUCCACUGAAUAUUUUUCUCUUACGGAAGUGCUAGAACCAAAGAAUAGCUUUAAUCAAAUAAAUGCAACAACAUUUGCAAUUGGCUUAAACGCUUCUAACUUAAAUCAAGGAAGCAUGAUUGUGGGAAAAAUAAAAAUGACGUUAUUGAAAAACAUCUCUCCCCUUCUUUCUGUUCCAAUUACCAUGGAACUGAACUAUGAAAAUGGUGACAGGGUGGCGAAACGGCCGGUCGUGAACACAUUUACUUCAAUUACAACCGGUACACCACUCAUUACGUAUGAGAUGAUAACUCAGCCGGAUGUAGUCACGCCUGGAAUGAGAAGAACAUUCACAAUUACCAUUCUGCUUACGAAAAUGCGUUCACCCAUAGAGGUGGAGAUUGUAAUGCCUGUGGCAAAUGGCUCACCAGUAAUGGCGAUAUUAUCAUAUGAAGUUAUAAGUAUUGGGAGUAACAUCAUGGGUUUAAAUAGUUCAGCGACUCCUACUUUUGUCACCACAACAAAUCACACGUCUUUGAAAGAUCAAGCUAAUAUCAACCUGGGCACCGGUAUUAACGAAUCGCCCUCAACUACGAACUCACCUGUCAAUCAAAUCAAAUUAAGAUUCGAAUCAAUUGUAGUUGAAAAUAGCAACUUAACAAACUGUUCUACUUAUUGGGUAGGGGCUGGGGUUAUUGGUAAGCCUAAGAUGGUGUGGAUUGGUCAAGUAGCGAUCAAACCAUACAUUUCCAGCAACAGACGUCCUGAUGUGAACUUAAUGUAUAACUCUACAAAGAUCGGAGACAUAUAUACUUUCAAUUUGAUCAUGAACCAUACCGAGUCGUCCGAUCAAGUCGCUUAUAAUGUCACGUUUGAAUAUUUUCUUCCACCCUAUUUGGAAUUCGUGAACUCGACGACAUCAAGUUUGGUACAAAAAGUAGCAGGGAAGACAAGAUAUUCGAUGGAAGAACUGUUUUUCACUUCGGAAAUUACACAUUCAAUUGUUGCAAGACUUCACAAAGAGAAGUCGCCUCAGACAGGCAAGGUAAAUUUUGAGGUACCACUACGCUUAGAAUACACAAAUGCUGAAAAUGCUGAAAAAUGGCAGUACUGGAAAUCUGUGCGUCAUUCGAUGGAGGUUUUGAGCAGAGCACCGAUUAUUCCAAAAUCUGCACGAGCAAGGCCUAAUUAUUAUGGCAGAGGCUUCUACAUCGAUACUAAAUCAGGUCAUGUUUACGUUUGCAUGAGUCAGCAUGUUAUGAGCCAAACUCCUGCUUGUUAUCACUCUGAUGAUGAUGGUGCAAAGUGGAUAGCACUGGACAGCAGAAUUGGAAGUGUUCUUGGUCAUGACAGCUCUCGCGUUCUUCAUGCGAUAGCACGAAAUCAAGUCACCUAUAUGAAGUACAACACAACAGAAGACGAAUGGUAUCCCAUCGUUGAUAGUGCCUUCACAAUGGAUGCUGUCUUAUUCAAAAAUGUUGAAGACGCAACAUGGAUCGAGCCACAAAACUCACCACCCCCAGAAUUCACCGGUGAUUUAUUCGGAAAGCAAUUUACAGGUACUGAUGAUGGCUUAUUUUACAGACCGAAAAUUGGCGAUGCGUGGGUGUUGAGAGCAAGGUGGAGAUUAAAAUAAAUACAAACAGACUGUCGGGAUAUUUUUUAGGGUUUGUUAAACGUAAACUCUGGAAUCAUCUCAUAUCUCAAUUUGAUAUACCUACUUGUGUAAAUACUAUUUUAAUUUUUUUCAAAACAAAAAAAAUAUCUUCAUUUACUCUAAUGAGCGCGUACAGUACCUCCCAUAUCAUCCCAUCCCACCCACCCACCCACCCUCUCCCUUUCUUUAUUUUACAUUACCAUAUAUACCAAACGAACGUUGUUAAAAUGGUCGAUUAUCCAUAGAGUCGUUAGUUAGCUUGUAUUUUGAUAAAAAGAAAUAAAACAACUAUUCCCUCUUUUUAUCAUGGCUGCACUGAUACUAAUAGUUUCUUUAAUAAGCCUGUCUCUGACAUGAACGCCUGUCUGUACCAAAGAUUUGAAAAUCAAAUCCCCAAGGGGUCAUUCAAUUAAAUGUUGUUUGGAAUUUCUUUGUAUAUAUUUAUUUCUCUGUUUUGUGUUGUUGUUUUUGUGUUGUUGUUUUUUGAAUGACGAUUGAAGUUUUUUUUAUACUAAAUUUUAAAGAGGGUCGUACAGCUGUGACACAACUGCUGUUUUUAUAAGUUUAUGAUGCCCAGAGAUAAGAAGAACAGCAAUGUUGUGGUGCAGUGUUAUUAACAUAAGGACGUUUAUUAUACGUAUUAUUAAAUGCACCAGCAUAAUUCGGAUUUUUUUUUCACUUAACAAAACAUAAAUAAUUAUUAUAAACAAA